AUGAAUCUCGAUCAAAUCGGAAUUCUAUUUGAAAUAACGAUUGAUCGAUCGAUUAAAUCAGUUCCAUUCGCUGUUCUUGGAGGUGAAAGCAGCUUCACGUCAGAAAAAGAAAUUCUUUUCUCAAUGCAUUCGGUUUUUCAUGUCGACGAUAUUGAACGACCUGACGGCACUAAUAGGUUAUGGCAGGUAAAACUUAAGCAAACAGCUGAUAGCAAUCCACAACUGAGUCUACUUACAAAACGAUCGCGAGAAGAAACUAAAGAAGGUUCGAUAGCAUGGGAUCGGAUGGGAAAACUAAUUAUUAAAAUGAGCAAAUUUUCCAAAACUGAAGAAAUAUACAGAACACUGGAAGAAAAUGUAUCUAACGAAAAUAUGAAAGCGUAUAUUUAUAAGCAAUUGGGAUAUGCAAAGAUUGGCCUAAAUCAGUAUGAGGAGGCGCUUGCAUUAUAUGAUAAAGCGAUAGCAAUCCGACUAGAAACUCUUCCUUCGAAUAAUGUAGAGCUCGCUAAUUGUUACAACAACAUUGGUACGAUACAUAAUUGCAUGGCUGACUAUUCAAAAGGGUUGCCAUAUUUUGACAAAGUACUUGAAAUUCAGAAACGCACUCCUAUAGAUGAUAUGAGCAUCGGAAGAUGUUACGAUAAUAUUGCUUACACCUAUGAUCGUAUGGGUGAUUAUGCGAAAGCACUUAUCUUCAACGAAAAAUCGCUGAUGAUCAAAUAA